CUCUCUCUCUCUCUCCCUAUUCUAUUCUCUCUCAUCAUCUAUAACCUCUCUUUCCAGAUAGCAAUUACGUUUCACACAACAAAAUCAGUUUAUCCAUUUUCAUUUUACACUCUUUCCAACAAAUCUUGUGCAGAUUUUCAGUAGAAACCAAACCAACUGAAAAAAUUCGAGUGAAGAAAAAAAAUGUCAGGUGUAAUCGGUCCAACAAGUGACGUAAGUCUCCCUAGAGAAGAACCGAACGAAUCGGAAAUAAGCAACGCCGCCAUGAAGACCACAAAAAAGGUAACCUCCUCCCGCCGGAGUUUCUUCACUUUCCGGCAUCUAAACGUUCUCGCGGUGGCGAUACUUCUCUCCGCCGGCGGCAUGGUGAGCGCCGAGGACAUCGCAUUCGUCCUCUUCUCCGUAUUCUACAUUUACUUCCUAUCGAAAGUCGCGUUUCCACCCACUUCUUCACGCUCCGAGCCCCCGGUUUUCGGGGAGAAGAACACGAUUUUAGGAAUCUACGUCCUCGUGGCGGCGGUGAUAGGUUUGCUCCUCCCAAUUGCUUACAUCCUGGAAGGUAUAUUCGAGGGGGAAAAGGAUGAAAUCAAGGCGGCGGCGCCGCACGUGUUCCUAUUAGCUAGCCAAGUUUUCAUGGAGGGGCUGUCGUUCUCCGGCGAAUUCUCGCUGCCGAUUCGCGUAUUCGUGCCGGUGUUCUACAAUUCGAAGAGGAUUUUCACCAUUGUUGAGUGGCUGAGGAGUGAGAUUACAAAGGGGGCGGGUGUGGAGUACGGAGGGAGAAGCGCGUGGAGAUUGGACGUGGGGAGAGGUCUCGCCGUUGCUAAUAUGGGCUUUUGGUGCUUCAAUUUGUUUGGGUUUUUGUUGCCUGUUUUUCUACCAAAGGCUUUCAAAAUUUAUUAUCACUCCAUCAGCAAAAUUAAGGACUGAUUUUGUUAUUCAAGAAUUAAGGCCCAUAGAGAAUUUGGUCUGGCCCAAUAUCUGUUAUGGUUUAUUCAAAAAAUUAAGAAAUAUCUAUAAUUUAAAUAA